UUCCAAGGUCAUUAAGGACAAAGUUCGCCUAAAUGGACCAUCUAGUGACACUAAACGAUGACACAAUAUUUGUAAACAUUCUAUCACGACUUCUGAGAAUAUUUAGUGGUCUUGGGAUAGCUUGUAUAUUCUUCGCAAUUUUCUAUCACUUCUAUGGCUCAUAUUCUCCGCUGUUCAUACAACAUUUUCUCCUGUUUGGAAAGUCGAACCCUCAGUAUUGUGAAUAUUUAAAGUAUUCAAGAGUUCCUAAAAGAUGGUUUAAAUAUUUUUACAUGAUUGGUAUAUUCUCUACAUUAUGUAUCCUACUGGUUGAAUUGUUUAUGCUAUCUUCAGUACUCAACAAAACCAUAAUUUCUGUUUUAAUCAUAUAUUUGGUACAUGUUUCACGUCGACUGUAUGAGUGCGAAUACGUUUCCGUAUUCAGUAAUUCUCAAAUGAGUUUCAUGCACUUUUUGAUGGGUAUUGGAUUCUAUAUUGUCGCUCCUAGUUCAAUUUUGCUUUCUCAAAGUAAUGCAGUAUAUCUUCGUGGAGCGUCUCCCAAACUUGAGUAGGUGUUUUUGCAUGUUUGUGGAGUUUCAAAUUAAUAGUUUACAUAUUCAAAUUUUAACCGUCUCGUUUUUGGUUGUGGAUUCUGUUCCCCCACAUAUUUCUUUAUAGUUCACCAGAUUUUACGUAGAGCAUCCAUACAGUGAAUGUCGCUCAGCUCUAGUAUAAUCUUUAUCUGUAGAUUCACUAUAACAUUUUAUUUAUGUACCUUCAUUAAUUUGGUAAUUUAACAAUAACAUCUUUCAGCUGAACGAUCAUAUUUGACUAUUGGCUUAUUUAGUGUACACAUGUUAAUACUCCAGUAUUUGCAGGAUUUGGUUUUCCGACAGUUAGCUGCCUUACGUUCAGGGAAAAAUAAAAACACAGCUAAAAAUGCACUUUAUUACUUAUCGAACAGUAAGUGCAGGAUUUAAUUUGUCCUACAGAUAUACUACUAGAACUGUGAACGCGAUACUGGCGAUCCCAGAGUCUAUGUGGAAGUUAUGGUCAGAACAAGGACAACUUGGCUUUAAACUUUAUCUGUCUCUACACGUAAAAAAACAAUCCGAUUAGUACAAUAAUUAAAGGAAUUAUAUUCAUUAAGUGGAACGUACAAGUAUACCGACCAGUAUUGCUUGUCUUAUCGAAAUGAAUAAAAAUUAUGAAUCACACUAAUAGGAUAAUAAUGUACUUCAAUUGGCAAGUCACAUGCAACAGGGUUAGUCUACAGACCAUAUUGACGUGGUGGGCGCUUAAACCACGAUUUCCUUGGUUAGUUAUGGACCCUAAAGUAAUAACAUCCCAAAUUUAUCAUCUAAUACAAUAUAACAGCCAACUACAGAUUAUUAGUUCACUCUAUUUUGCAUUAUAUUUCUGAGAUGGAAGAUAAAAAUCAACUUGUUGCACAAACUGAAGUGGGUAGCCCAAUGUUCAGAUUUUGAGACUCAUGAGUUCAAUAUUUAGUAACACUGCGAACAUUAAAUAAUAUUAAAUUAGACUCUCUUAAAAAAUAAGCCCACUGAAUGUUUGGUAUUUACACUGCAGUAUUAUAUUUCUAGUGUUCAGAAUGUUCAAAUUCCUAAAAAUGUAUUUCUUGUUAACUAUUAAACUUAGUGUUUUUAUCACCGAACCUCUCUGUUAUUGCUUUGUUUUUUCACUUAAAGACACUUAUCAGCUUGUAAUUGUGUUAAUACGGUAGAUUGUUAUCCUAUUUUUAAGAAUGCAAAUACAUUUCUAUGCAAUAACUUUACAAACACCUGGUUUUCUCUAAUGGAAACAAAUUCUGUCAUUUAAGAUUAAUUCCCUUUGAAUUAAUUAAACCUCGAUAAGGCUGAGACAUAGUUGUUUUUUCUUUCAUUAUUUACUUUCGUUAGUCUGACGAAUAUUCACUCAAAUUAUCAAAUAAUAUCAUACCUAUGCUUUAAAGAAUGCAUUUAUUUAUUGUUAUGCAUGAACGUGAUGAAGUUCUCUUCAUUUUGAAGUGGUGAAUUGGCAUGCACAGUUUGCACUUUCACUGUGUUCAACUCAUCUUUACCGUUCCGUCAGCUCGGUCUUUUCAGUUGCGAUUGAAUGUUUGCCAUGAACUCCGUAGCUCCCUCAUACAUACCUCCCACGUAAUCGAAAUCCUUCGAUCUCUUACUUUACAUUCAUUGACUAUUAGUCAAUUAACUGUGUUACAAAAUGCAGUGAAUAUCAUUUUAAAUUAAUAGCAACAACAUUUCUUCAACACAUCGUAAUUAAAUUAAAGAGUGUUUAAAGCUGUUAUUCUUCACACUUCAGAGGUUGAUAAUGAAUAGAUUUUCACAUUCUUGAAUUAAUCUAAGUAGCUUUUGAACAGAUUAAUUCACGUAGACUAGCCCUGAAGUUAAGCAGGUCAAGUUAAAAGAUUAAGGAAUUUUCGGAUUAUCAACUUGUUUAUAAAUGUUAGUUGACUUUUUAGAUGUACAGUGACAGUUUAAUUUCUCACUAUUUCCAUAGAUGAUAUCUAAAUAAAAACAUUUUCAUCAUAUGGCAUAAUAUAUGACCAAAGUUUUUAUGCUUUAUGUUGAAAGUACAGUAUUUUUCGUUUAUUAAUUUUUCUUGAAGCUAUUUAUACUUAGUAAAAUACUCUGAUUUUAAAGUUUAGGAGUUUUCUACAUUCAGUAGUAAGGUUUACCGUUAUCCAUGGCUUUAUUGAUUGUUCUUGUAAUUCGGUAACAAUUUAUAACUGAAUUCAUCGCUUAUUAGAUUCAUAUUUAUGUGACAAACUAGUGUCUAAUAUAGUAUAUUCAGUAUUUUAGUAGCAGUAAAAUCCAAAAUAGAGAGUUUUAGCGUUUUUUAACGAGUUAGUUUUCUACGGAAUAGGGUCGCUAACCCCGUGCCCAACCCGCCUUCUUUAUCAGGGCUUGGAACCGGCAGUAGCUCCAGAGGGGCUCCAGGCGCAGUUCAGAACAGAGAGUGGUCAUCUGCGAUGCUAAAUAUCAGCAAAGAGAAAUUACAAAUCCUUACUAAUACACAACUGUAUUUGAUAAUUAGUUAUCUUACUUCAAAAACGUUUUUGAGUCAUUGAUUAGUUAUUUUAUCUCGCAUACUUUAUGAUUUAAGAUGAAAACCAGUGAAGAAUUGGUGAUAAGUAACUAACCAGCUGGUGUUACUUGUUCUGAACUCUUGUUAAAGUAACAUUUGCUUUAAUUCAGUAUAUUUUCAAAAUAGUUUUAUCAACUGUAAACUUGGUCACUAUGGUUAUUGGUAAACACUUCAAUAAUUCAAUUAGAAAAUGCUAAUUCACACAAAUGAUCGAAACGUAAUGUAUAUGGAAUUUUUCUGUCAAUUCAAUCUUUAUCAUUUUUUAUUUAUCUAGUUCCUGGAGGUUUGUUAAUUUAUUCCAUCCAAAAAAUAUCUUAAAAUUUAUAAUAAAUCUUUU